AUGGGAUAUAUUGGUAGUUUAUGCAAAAAUUGCAUAAAUAUUGUAAAAUACAAUAGAUUGGCCAAAACCAAUAUAAAAAAUAGCACACAUCACACAAAUGGACUCAGAUUAUAUUCUAAUAUUGCAAAUUAUAGCUGUUUAAGUCCUACUUUACAUUUAGAAGGACGAUUUUUGGGCUUUUAUAAAAACAAUUUGUAUAAUUAUGAUCAGAGAUCGUUGAUUAGGACACGUGCCAUUGUAUCUAACUUUGACCACUCUCAUUUCGUGGUCACAAACCCGAAAACAGCUGAAAAUUGGCCUCCGGAGAACGACCACGGGUCGCCAAUAUCGAGGAGGAGUUGCAAAAAACUAAUGUUUGAGCUCAAUCAACUUGAAAUGGAAAGGAUGGAAAAGAUGAGGAAGUUUAACAUGCCAGAGCUGAAUUUGGGCGACCUGGUGGAAGUGAAGUACGAGCUUUCGAGAACACAGCAGACGUUCGCAAUGUUUACAGGAUACUGCGUCGAUAUUAGAAACAGAGGCCUGAACUCGUCGUUUAGCCUAAAGAACGCGUUCGACGGCGUCGGAGUCACUCAGCUGUUUCCGAGCUACUCCCCAAGGAUUCUCAACGUCAAGAUCAUAAAAAGCGUGAACAGGGCCACUAAAAUCGACUCUAAGCCCAUAACCAGGGACUACCGAUACAAGUUCCACUACAACGUCAGACACAGGUUCGCGAAGAAGCGCGGAGUCCACAAGCCAGGCAUUCGGAGCUUUGAGAUAAGGCUGAAGAAUCGGAUCACCAGACUGAAGCAGAGCUACUACAGGAUGCGACUUGAGGCGGGGCUUCCUCCGUACAUUUGGGGAGGCCCAUACAACAUCAACACCAGGAAGAGGACCAGGCAAGCCAUUUAUUCAUCACAUUUACACUAG